CAAGUCCACAUUUGACUCUUUUUAACUACGGUAAAACACUAGAGAUCUCUCAAUAUAUUUCAGUUCCGUUCGCCGAUUUGCUUCCGCCGCUGCUCGCCGGCGCCGCCGAUUAAAUCUAGGGUCAACAGCUGUUUGUGAUAACAACUUCUAUCUGUUACGGUUGUAGAUCUUUUUUGCAAGGAUCAAAUUUUAUCUAAAAAAGGGAAAGAUCAGGGUAAACCAUUAGAAGUCCUCAGUUAGGAUUACUAAAGCGAGAUUAGCUAAAGCACAUCUGUCCUAUUGACAAGGGUCUUCUGCUACCCUACUGCUCGGUCAAUGUUCACCUUUAAAAAAUCUAAAUAAUAUCAGUUAUUACUCAUUUCUUUUUAAAACAUCCCACUGAGAGUGAAGUGUGCUGGUGAGAUUGAAAGUGCCUACUUGGUUGCUGUUACAUGGAUAUGAAGUCUCCUUAUGGGGUGAAUACUAAGAAUUGAGUACAAUGGAUAGAGAUUUUGGAGAAGGCAUGCCGGGACAGCAAAAUAACUUUGAACAAGCUCGUUAUAGUUCUAUAGACACUAGAGCAGAGGUCAUUGGUUCUUCAAACCAGAAAUUUUUCCAGGAUCCAUCAAGUUCUAUCAAUACAGACAUAAGACCACCUGAUUUCACUAUACCAGUCGGAGCUAGACCUGUAAUGAACUAUUCCAUUCAGACUGGCGAGGAGUUUGCUCUGGAAUUCAUGCGCGAAAGAGUUAACCCAAAGCAGAACCUCAUUCCUCAUGCUUCAGGGGGUACUGCUGGUGCAACUUCUUGUAUGGACCUGAAGGACAAAAGUGGAAUAUCUCAUACAGGUUCUGAAAGUGGAUCAGAUAUCGCCAUGAUCACCUCAGUUGGAAAAACUCGAGUUCAACAUCACGGGAGGUCUACUUCUGUAAAUGAAGGGAUAAGCAACCAUCAAGCUGUGCAAACUGAAACUAGAGCCUUAUCAAGAAAUAACAACAUUCAUGGAAUUCAAAGUCAUAUGUCUUCUAGAUCUAGUACAUUAACAAAGUUGAAGUUCCUCUGCAGUUUUGGUGGUAGAAUUAUGCCUCGUCCAAGUGAUGGGAAACUUAGAUAUAUUGGAGGUGAUACGCACCUCGUUCUUUUAAGAAAUGAUGUUUCUUGGGAGGAAUUCUGGCAAAAGAUGUUAACUUUAUUUAACAAUUGUCACACAAUAAAAUAUCAGCUACCUGGUGAGGAUCUCGAUGCAUUAGUGUCAGUUUCUUGUGAUGAAGACUUGCAGAAUAUGAUAGAGGAAUGUAAUGUAUUAGAAGGCGAUGGAUCACAAAAAUUGCGUACAUUUCUCUUUUCUUACAGUGACUUAGAUGAUUCUCUGGCUGGUUUGGAGAAUAUUGAAGGAGAUUCAGAAAUGCAGUAUGUUAUUGCUGUCAAUAGCAUGGACUUUGGUUCAAGAAGAAACUCCACUGCUCUGGCAAGCACUUCAGAAAAAAACCUGGAUGAGUUUCUGAGUGCAACAAUUGCUGGGGAGGAUGGUCAAGUUGCUAGGCAUGUAGCAGGGGCUGAUACUUCUGAUCCAGUCAUUGGCAUGCCUCUAACAAGUCAAUCUGCUCAUGAAGGGGUAUCAAUUUCAUCACAUAGAAUACUUGGGUCAAACAUGGGGCAUGACUCUAAUCAACUAGAAUACUUGGGUCAAACUGUACAUCAUGGUGGCACUGAAUGGCAACCUUUACCCUCUUCCACACCAGUUGACAACUUUCCAGGUGUAGGUGGCAAAAAUCUGGUUCUUCCAUCUAUGCAAGUGCAGUAUAACCAUGGUUAUCAACCACCCAACUCUUCACAACUUACAAAUAACUUUCUUGUAAGUUCGAAUCAUGGUUACAUGAAUUGGAAAGGAGGCAUCGAUCCCGAGCAGUCUUACGAGAGCUCACAUAUGAAUGACCAAGAAUCACCUGCUUCAGUAGUGAAUCUGAAAAGAGAUAACUAUCCCCGGGAGAUGUUUGAAAUUAGUAAAGCAAAACCUCGAGAGAAGGAAGUGCCUGAGGAGGGAAAUAUAAAGAUAGAAAGCUCUUUUCAGAAAAUAAAUGAGCCUGAAAAAAUGUGGCCUUUGGAAAGCAAAAAAGUUGUUUCCUCAAACCCACUGAAUGAUUCCGCCUCAAGUCACGUUUCUAGAGUUGAAGUUCCGAGUUUCACUGCUGUAGCAGUUGUUGGAAACGAUGUUAUACAAUCUAAAAUUAGUGACAAGAGUCAGGAACAAGUUCAGAGUUCAGCAUCUCCUGUAGCUGUUGAGGAAGAAAAACUUGAUAGGUUCACAGAAGAUGGCUUCUCCGGAUCUGGUAGAAUAUCAAAUUCUGGCUAUGGAGACUCGGGGGCAAACCUACAUGACAUUAGCUACGAACAACCAUCGAUUCCUCCACGAACUUUUCGCUCUGAAUGGAUACCCAGGGAACAGCCCGGCCUUAAUCGUUUGUCCAAAUCUGAUGAUUCUGCUGCCUCGCAAUUCAUAAUGGCCCAUGCAUAUUCUGAAGGCUCACAACAGAUCAUAGAAUCCGUUAAUAAAUUGAACGAUGGGAAUGUGGCUCCCCAGACUGAGCAUUUUGUACCUUCUGGAAGAUAUGGGAAUGUGGCUCCCCAGACUGAGCAUUUUAUACCUUCUGGAAGAUCUUUGUCUGCUAAUCAACAUGCUACUGCAGAUAAAGGGGUAAAACUUCAGGAAUCUCAAGAGUUAAGUGUCAGUGCGAGAGAAGUUGAUACCAAGGUUGGUGGAGAACUUUCUGAAGCAAAUUAUAAGCCUGAGCUGAAACCUGCAACUUAUGCAGAGAAAGUGAAAUCUGGACUAAGUGAUCCUAUCUUAAGUAAUAAUAUCCAGUCCGAGUCUGCUUCCAGGAAGACAGAGCUUCAUUGGGGUGAUGCAUCUUCACAUGGAGCCGAGGGAAACAAAGAAGCAGAGCAACUACACUCUUUGGCUGAGAAAGAGUGUCAGGUUGGAGCAGCAGUUUCCACAGGGAUACCCUCUGGUACUGUUGGUACACUUGAGCAUGGAAGCAUUCUUUUUGACAUUAAUGACUGCUUUCCCCGUGAUUUUCUCGCUGAUAUAUUUUCCAAAGCCAAGCUUAUGGAUGCCUCACCAAUACCUGCCCCACUGUACAAUGAUGGAACUGGUUUGAGCUUGAAUAUGGAGAACCAUGAACCAAAGAACUGGUCCUUUUUCCAAAAGAUAGCUCAAGGUGAUUUUGAUAGAAGAAAUGUCUCUUUGAUGGAUCAGGAUCAUCUUGGUGUGUCUUCUACUCGUGCAAAUGUUGAUGAUGGGGUCUCUAUGGAUUAUGGCUAUCCUCCUUUCAAGGGUGAUGGACCAAUGAUAGAUCAUAUGGACUCUCAGCUCAAUAUUGAAGCUGAAUUCCAGCAACCAUCUCCUGAAAUUGUUGUCCCAGACACCAUGGAUUUGCCUUCCGGGUACAACCCUUGUCAAACCACUGACGUUCAAAGUAUGCAGUAUGAUGUUGAAUUGAGUUCAAAAGUACCUGAAUCGGGUUAUCAGGAUGAGAACCAAGGAGCUCAGAAUGCUGGCUUUCCGCUUACCAAUCUCCCGCUUGGAGACUUUGAUCCCAGCUCUUUGCAGAUAAUCAGUAAUGAAGAUCUUGAAGAGUUAAAGGAAUUAGGUUCUGGAACAUUUGGGACCGUAUAUCAUGGAAAAUGGAGAGGGACUGACGUUGCCAUCAAGAGAAUUAAAAAAAGCUGUUUCACAGGUCGGUCAUCAGAGCAGGAGAGAUUGACUGAGUUUUGGCGUGAAGCUGAAAUUCUUUCAAAACUUCAUCAUCCCAAUGUGGUGGCAUUUUAUGGUGUAGUGAAAGAUGGGCCAGGAGGGACUCUUGCCACAGUAGCAGAGUUCAUGGUGAAUGGUUCUCUUAGGCAUGUUUUACUUUGCAAGGACAGACACCUUGAUCGUCGCAAGAGGCUCAUAAUUGCAAUGGAUGCUGCAUUUGGAAUGGAAUAUUUGCACUCGAAGAAUAUUGUGCAUUUUGAUCUGAAAUGUGACAAUUUGCUUGUCAACUUAAAGGAUCCUUCUCGACCCAUUUGUAAGGUGGCUGAUUUUGGGCUGUCAAAAAUCAAGAGAAAUACCUUGGUUACUGGUGGUGUCAGGGGAACGCUUCCAUGGAUGGCUCCAGAGCUAUUGAAUGGUGGAAGUAAUAAGGUUUCCGAGAAGGUCGACGUCUUUUCCUUUGGGAUUGUGCUCUGGGAAAUCCUUACUGGUGAAGAACCUUAUGCAAAUAUGCAUUAUGGAGCAAUUAUAGGUGGUAUUGUCAACAACACAUUGAGACCGCCUGUCCCAAGCUUCUGUGACACUGAGUGGAGAAUGCUCAUGGAACAGUGUUGGGCUCCAGAUCCUGCCAUCCGCCCAUCUUUCACUGAAAUUGCCAGACGGUUACGUACCAUGGCUGCUGCCUGUCCAACAAGACCGCAAGCUCAUCCGGCCAAGUGAUGGCAUGGUGUCUGUCCCUUCUUUCUUGGUAUCUGCAUUGAAGUUUCUUUUACAAGUAUACUCUGUUUAUUCUGUAUUAUUCAGAGAGAGGAGAGUGGUCUCCUUUAGAUUCUGGAACAACAUUAUAUGGGAAACAUGAAAAACUUUUUAUAUAUGUAAAACAUCAUUUUGUAUCUGUGAUAAAUCGAAAUGUAAUAUUCUUGGUGAUAUUAAUAAUUAUCAUUUUUACCUGUCUU